AUGAGUUUCAGAGGUGGCCGUGGUGGUUCCAGAGGUGGCUUCAGAGGUGGCCGUGGUGGCGCCAGAGGUGGAUUCGGUGGUAGAUCUUUCCAACAAGGUCCUCCAGACACAGUCUUAGAAAUGGGUGCUUUCUUACACCCAUGUGAAGGUGACAUUGUUUGUCGUUCCAUAAAUACCAAGAUUCCAUAUUUCAAUGCCCCAAUAUAUCUAGAAAAUAAGACUCAAGUUGGGAAAGUCGAUGAGAUUUUAGGUCCUUUGAACGAAGUUUAUUUCACAAUUAAAUGUUCAGAAGGUGUACAAGCUACUAGUUUUAAGGAAGGUGAUAAGUUCUACAUUGGUUCUGAUAAACUUUUACCAAUUGAAAGAUUCUUACCAAAGCCAAAGGUUGUUGGCCCACCAAAACCAAAAAACAAGAAGAAGAGAGGUACCGGUGCUCCAGGUGGCCGUGGAGGUGCUAGAGGUGGAUUCGGUGGCCGUGGAGGCUCUCGUGGUGGAUUUGGUGCUCGUGGUGGCUCCAGAGGUGGAUUUGGUGGCCGUGGUGGCUCCCGUGGUGGCUCUAGAGGUGGCUUCGGUGGAAGAGGUGGUUCCCGUGGUGGAUUUGGUGGUUCAAGAGGUGGUUCCCGAGGUGGAUUUGGUGGUAGAAGAUAA